CGUCCAUGCACUCGUCCGCUAGCUUCCUUCGUCUCCGUAAAUUGUGUUGAUUUGACCAGGGGAUAAGCAUGAGCUUUUUUAAUUGGAUUCGACUGAGCAGCAGCAGCAGCUCAUUCUUCCGGAAUUUCGACCUUUACACAGCUAUGACUCGCCGUAACUCACUGUGCUGCAGAUUUUAUCUCCUGCAACGGCGCUGCCUGCUCUCUCGAUUGUCUGUAUGCAACACAUGCAUGCGACUUGCAGAAGAUACAUCCACGACCUACUGUCUCAUGUAGGAAUAAUUUCACUGGGCGCUGGCUCUGGUCCAGGACCGUAUGGUCCGCCCACUAAGCGCCCACGAAGUCUUUUUGUGGCCCAUCAUCUACGCAGCCGAUAAAAUGCAGGCAUUCCAGUGGCCCUUCCCACUACUUUCUCUUCAACCUGAGAGCAUCAUCAUGCCCAGCGCCGCCCCGCUCGACACCCGCCAGAGCAUCUGCAAUAACAUCAGCAAUUUCUCCCGCGUUCGGAAGGCAGCAAGUCGGGAUCCUCGCGAAGCUUCUGAGAAGCUACUUCCCACUGUGUCUCGUGCUCAACAAGAAGCCCUGCGACACAAUGGGCCUGCGCCACUUACUCUCGAGGAUCGACAUUGGCCGCCUCCCCUCUUCACAGCGCACUCCAUCUUCCCCACGCUCGACCUUCCCUUGCCAGGGGCAGCGCCUCGCACUCUCGACGGCCCGGACGAAUACAAGUAUGGCCAGAAAGUCUACGUACGAGAGUUUGAUAACGUGGGCCUCAAAUGGACACCCUGGACGGCGGCGUACGUGGUCGAUUCAACGUAUUUUUAUGGCGCGGCAGGCAGCCGAGCUCAGUGUUAUCACGUCUGCACCAACUCUGCCAGACCUGACAUGGAAGUAUCCCGGCCCUACUUCCCUUUGCUCGCGGAGAUCUGCCCCGCGGACCGGCCGUUUCCCGAGGGAGCGAGCCCAGAGAAAUGCGCGGAGAUUUGGCGAAUGCUGCACGCCGUGCUCGUCCGCCUCCACGAUCCAGGCGAAUAUUGUGGCGUCCCAAGAGACCAGAUAUGGAUUCCUGGGCUUCUUGUGUCCUUCGAACCCCCCACAAGCGUCAAGGUCAAGGCGAUGGCCCACCCUUUCGACGGCAAGAUAAUUGACGUCAAAACCGUCCUUCCGUACACAUUCGAAUCUAUGGCAGCGUGUCGCGGCUGGGGUUACCACGUCCUCAAUUUCGACGGGUCACUGAUUCCGCCGACGAACCCGGCACAAGAAGAAGAACAUGAGAAUCGCACCGCGGCACAGAAUGGAAGGAGGAAGCCUCCCAUACCAUGGGCUCAUGCCGGUCUCGAGCAAGGGGAUACUGGAUACGUCCAAAUCGGGUCACGGCGGCUGCCGACGUUUGCUUGUCCUAAGCUUCCUCCGACUGGCAGUCAGUGACACUGUGAUGUAGCAAUCUGUAUGCAGAGGCCAAGCAACACCAAUUGCGCCUGUGGCGCGGCUUUGUGUGGUCCUGUUUUGACUUUUGGCCAUAAUCAAUCUACAACUCUAUAACGUAUUGUACAUAUUCACCGAUCU